UGAAGCAGAGAGUGCAGGCAGGAUGGAGACCAGGUGUGAUGUCAGAGCAGCUGGAAGAGAUGUGAGUGAUGAAGAGAUGUGAAGGUGGGUGACAUAUUAAAACUCUGUAAUAGUUCAUUGGCGAUAUUCAAGUGUACUCCAUGUUCUCCACCGGGGAGGAAACCACACCUCCAUAUUUCUUGCCUUUUAGAGCGACUCAACCAGGCGUCAAACACACACAACUCUGUGUAAAGAAAUGACAAAAAGGGGUCAAAGGUGACGGGAGGUUCUUCCCUGGACUGAGCAGCAUUAACGUUCAGUAUAAAGCUCACGAGUGGAAACAUCUCCGGGGCAAUGAGCUGCUUCAGCAUGAACAGAUUUAAAAAUACUCUCGGAGAGAAGAGACUCUUUACUGCUCUUACAUAACUCACUCUGGAUGGUGUGGAGGAGGCCGAGAGCAGCAUCCACUGCCUACACACACACACAAAUAUGAGGGAGUGAAUACAGAGAAGCAAGUUGGAUGUGCAGCUCACUUUUCAUUUUCAUUAUCCUACUCAUGUGUGAACAUGAACUCAAAUAUCAUGAUGUCACUUUCUGUUAUCUUGAUAAAGUCAUGGUAAUAAAGCCAUGACACUCCCAGGUGCAUUGUCGUGGAGAGAACGAGAAUAUCUGAAGACGGUGUGAAUUUCAAAACUUCUGUGUUUCAGUGAAUGCAUACAUUUUAAAAAUCAGCGCUCAUAAUAACGAUGUCGCUUGCUGGUGACUAAGCUCAUGAAAGUCAAUCCAUAUGUCGUGUGAUCUUUUGUUCCACAUGGUGAUUCUUGGCAAACAUACAUGUAAACGGUUUCUGUUCGUGACAGUAUUGUGCGUGAAUGGCUUUGUUUGUUUUCGUCAUGAGGCCGCGCGUGCUGUCUCGCUCACGUGUUGCCAUUAUUGACGCUGACGCGCUGCAAAGUGAGUUUUGGUCGCGAUUAAGCGGGAGGGGGCGGGGCUCGCACCACUUCCCGCCACGCCCCCCUUGCACUCAGCGCACGAGCCGUCCGCCGCCACGCGCUCGUCCAGCUGUGGGCUCGCGGACGCGUGCACGUGCCCGCCUCGCUGCUGCCCCCGCGCGGACGGAGCCGCGAGCAGAGUCAGUGCUGGAGCGCACGCGGAGCGAUGGCUGCGGCAGCGCCGCGUUCUGUUGUCGAGAGCCGAGCCGGAGGAACCGCACGCUGACGCGGAGCUCAAGCCGCUGGUGACGCUUCAUUUCCGGCGAGCAAGGAGCGAGUGGACGGCGUCCGUCCGCGGCGCGGAGCGACGCUGCGAAAUCUCCCCCCCCCACCCCACCCCCUCAGCUGAGUGGCGUGUCGCACUGGCGGGGGGCACCCGACAGCAUCCCUCCCUCUUUCUCCCGCACCCCCGUUUUAUGCCGGAGAUUUAGGGGGAAUCGAGCCGAGCCGGGGAGCGGAGGGAGGCUGGUCGUGGCCGCGGCGGACGCACCCUCGGCGGGCUGCUGUGUCGGAGGAUGCUGCUGGAGUAGAGCGGCUCCAAGAUGGGGAAGGACCAGGAGCUGCUGCAGGCGGUGAAGACCGAGGACCUGCUCACCGUGCAGAAGCUGCUGCAGAGGCCCAGACCGGGCAAAGCAAAGCUGCUGGGGUCGGCCAAGAAGGUGAACGUCAACUUCCAGGACACGGAUGGGUUCUCUCCGCUGCAUCAUGCGUCCCUCAAUGGGAACCUGGAGCUCAUCAACCUGCUGCUGGAGUCUCAGGCUGCCGUCGACAUCCGGGACCAGAAAGGCAUGCGGCCGCUGCACUACGCCGCCUGGCAAGGGAAGGCCGAGCCCAUGAAGAUGCUGCUGAAAUCAGGGUCGUCGGUCAACGGCCAAUCAGACGAAGGACAGAUUCCUCUUCACCUGGCUGCUCAACAUGGACACUAUGAUGUGUCGGAGAUGCUGCUGCAGCACCAGUCCAACCCAUGUAUCGUGGACAACAACGGGAAGACACCCUUGGACCUGGCCUGUGAAUUCGGGAGAGUCGGGGUGGUCCAGUUGUUGCUCUCCAGCAACAUGUGCGCUGCUCUCCUGGAACCUAAGAAGGGAGACACCACCGACCCGAACGGGACGUCACCUCUACACCUGGCUGCGAAGAACGGACACAUAGACAUCAUCAGACUCUUGAUCCAGGCCGGGAUCGACAUCAACAGACAGACCAAGGCGGGGACGGCCCUGCAUGAAGCUGCUCUCUGUGGGAAGACCGACGCUGUCAGGCUGCUGCUGGAGAGCGGAAUCAACGCCGCAGUGAGGAACACCUACAGUCAGACGGCCCUGGACAUCGUCUACCAGUUCACUGCCACACAAGCCAGCAGAGAGAUCAAGCAGCUCCUGAGGGAUGCGUCCGCGGCUCUGCAGGUCCGAGCUCUGAAGGAUUACUGCAACAACUACGACCUGACAAGCCUGAACAUCAAAGCUGGAGACGUCAUCACGGUGUUGGAGCAGCAUCCUGACGGACGCUGGAAGGGCUGUAUUCAUGACAACCGGACAGGAAACGACCGCGUGGGCUACUUCCCGUCCACCAUGGUGGAGGUCAUCAGCAAGCGCACAGGUUUGGCCAGCACAGUCAUUUGCACCCAACAGUUUCAAAAGAUACAGCUGGUUGCCCCGGCGACGGUGGCCCCUGCCAACGCGGUAGUCAACGGCAACGACACCGCCUUCCAUCAGAUCCAUAUCCUGCCUCCACCGCCUCCUCCUCCACCACAUUCCCAUCAGCCACUGCUUCCACUUUUCACUUCCUUUGGCUAUAACAGGUCGCCCGUGACGACCCCACAGGGAGACACACCCACCGCCCCAGGUUGUCGCGGCACAGAGGCCAGUCCUCACAGCUCACCCACUCCGUCUGGUGGGCCCCAUGGAGGCUCCAACGAAGAGAUCUGGGUACUGCGCAAGCCUGUGGCAGGUGGAGACCGCAGCAGUCUAGGGAGCUCGGGCAGCGUGACCAGUGUCCGGUCUUCAGGCAGCGGGCAGAGCGCCGGCAGCGCCGCUCACAUUCUCCACGCUCAGGCUGAGGGCGUUAAGCUUCUGGCCACCGUCUUGUCCCAGUCCGCCAAAGCCAAGGAGCAUCUGAUGGAGCAGUCCAAGUCUGUCGACCAGCCUCCAGGCUCCAACAACUCCUCCCGCACAUCGAGCCUCUCCGGCUGUCCACUCCACGAAGCACCGCCUUAUGAUGCAACAGCGUCCAGGAAAGGGGAGGCGCCAUGCGAGGGGAAGAGCUCAGAGGCCGUUGUCCAAUGGCUGAGCGACUUUCAGCUGCAGGUCUACGCUCCAAACUUCCUGGGCGCUGGCUAUGACUUGCCCACCAUUAGCCGAAUGACCCCAGAGGACCUGACAGCGAUCGGAAUCACUAAGCCGGGUCACAGGAAGAAGAUGACGUCAGAGAUAAACAAACUCGGGGUGACAGAGUGGCUGCCUGAGCAGAAGCCUGCUAAUCUUGGAGAGUGGUUGUCCGCCAUUGGCCUGAGUCAGUACCACCAGGUGCUGGUGCAGAACGGCUACGAGAACAUCGACUUCAUCACUGACAUCACAUGGGAGGACCUGCAGGAGAUCGGCAUCACCAAACUGGGUCACCAGAAGAAACUGAUGCUGGCGGUGAAGCGACUGGCAGAAAUGCAACGCAAUUCCGACGCGCGUGGUUCACUCAGAAAGAAGCCGCCGCCAAUUACGCAGCAGCAGGAAGUGAUGUCGAUGGACAGCCCGCCGCCCGAUGAGCUGAUGUCACCAAAGACGACCACCUUCCAGGACAGCGAGCUGAGUAAUGACCUGCAUGCCGUGACGCAGCCCCCUCAAGAGGUCAAAUGUCAGCGGGCCCGGACCCUCAGUAAAGAUCACGACGAAGCGACUCCUGGAGGAGGAGGAGGAGGAGGUGCUGGACCGCCGAAGAAGGAGGCACGGACUAUGAGGCAGCAGAGCAGCCAGGGGAGCAGCUCCUCCCACAGGGGGAGCGUUUCCUCUCAAGGCAAACACCGACACUCCCACUCCCACUCCCAGCCUGCGCCUCCCUACACCCCCCCUCACACCCCGACAAAGACCCGGACUUCCUCUUCCUCCUCCACGUCCUCAGUGCAGAGUGCGCCUUCACCCCAGUCCAAACAGAAGCCAUCCCCACAGUUCAUCCAAGGCGACCGACCUCAGUCUCCGCGCUCACACCCCCCGCAGUCGCCGACGCACCGCGGGGCUCCAGCGCAGCAUCAUCCACACAUGAACGACAUCCGGGAGAGGGAGAGUCCCUCGUCCCAAGUCCCACUUCUCUGUCUCCCACCCGAGGCUGAGCUGGAGGAGGGCGAAGGCGUCGAACCCUCCGCCCUGCAGAAGAAGCGAGCGCACAGCCUGAACCGUUACGCCGUCUCAGACGGCGAGUGUGAGGAGCGGCCCGCAGGAGAAGCUGAGGUCAUCGGAGGCCAGGGCUCAAGCGGCGCCAGGACCGAUGGAGUGAAAUACGCGACAGUAACUCACCGCGUCAGUCGAAGCCACUCCGUCCGCAAUCAGGACAAGACCGUCCCGCGGAACCACACCCAGUCCUUUGCCCUGCGCCAGAAGAAGAAAGGCCCACCGCCGCCGCCCCCCAAGCGCUCCAGCUCGGCCAUCUCCAGCUCCAACUCCAACCUGACUGAGGCCAGCGCUCCGCAGCAGGUGCUGAGCACCUCCGGGGGUCUGCUGGACGUGCCUUACCACCAGCAGCGGCGGGCCAGCGAUUCGGGCAUGACGGUAGACACGGCCGCCGUGGAGACCAACAGCGUGGGCAGCGUGAGAAGCAUCGCCGCCAUGUUGGAAAUGUCUUCCAUCGGUGGAGGAGCGAAAGGGAUGGCGCUUCAGAAGAACUUCCUGCAGGUUGGGAAAACACGUGAUGUCAUCGGCCUGGAUGGCGAGGUGGUGAACCGACGACGGACCAUCAGCGGUCCGGUGACUGAACUGGUGGCUGCAGCGAUGAGGGAGCAACCGACCGUCCUCGCUCCUCCUCAGCCGGACCCCUCCCCGCCCCCUGCGGCCUCACCCAACCCGCCCUCCUCCCCGCGACCGAGCUCGGGCGGCAGCUCCACGGAGAACCUGCCCUUCGCGGACGAGGGCAGCCUGACCAUCCGUCGGCAGGGACGAGGAGAAGGAGAAGGACAGUGUGUAUUUUGUGUGUGCCUGCAGGGAGACACCGAGGGUCCCCCUGCAGACGCCGGCUUUGUGCAGGACGAGGUUUCCAGAGUGGAGGAGACGGCGACCCUGAAGCGACGCCCGCUCAGCACCAAGGGACACCCCAACGGCUCGGACUUCACCCUGCAAGAGUCCUCCACCGUCAAGCGAAGGCCAAAGAGUCGAGACAAGGAGCCCGACGGGUAUUCCGUCCCCGCCGGACCGGACGCCGACCCUGGUGCCAGAGUGCCUCCCAACACAACGCAGCCGGUCCCGUACCAGAACGGGACCGCCACGGUGAAGCGUCGCCCGGUGUCCGACGCCGGAGUCACUGAGCAGCCUCCUGCGACCCGCCGAGACAGCCUGGACCAAACUGCCCCCGCCAGCAACGACGCGGCUCCCGUGAGGAAACCCAAGCCUCCGGUGUCGCCGAAGCCCAUCGUGGCUCAGAUCAAGAGGCAGGGAGCCCCUCAAAACUCCCCGCAGGCCACCACAAACAAAAGAGUCCCACUGCCUGGCCCUGGCACGCCGGGCAGCCCAGUUGAAGGCAAAAAGAUCCCUCCUCCAGUGUCCCCCAAACCGGCUCCCCCGCCCACGGCACCCAAACCCUCCAAGCUGUUGCACUCCAUCACCAGCCCCCAGUCGCCCACCCAGGGCCCCCCUCCUGUCAAGCAGCACGCCGCCGUGCCCCGCCAAACCAGCUCCCCGCCCUCGCUCUUACACGCCAACACCCCGAGCCCCCCCAACGCAAAGCCACUGAGCCCCACCUCCCAGAGCCCCCACACCCCCCAGACGCCGACCACGCCUCAGACACCUCAGACUCCCGCCACUCCGAGUCCAACCCCUCCGCCGGUGAAACCUCCUCGCUCCUCCAUUGGCGGCGUCUCGGUGGACAGCGGGAUGACGGGGGGCGGGGUGACGGCGCCGACUGCCACCACUCCAGACUUCAGCGUGGAUUCUCUGGUUCAUCAGAAGCUGGAGGAGACCAGCGCGUCCUUGGCUGCGGCGCUGCAGGCCGUGGAGGACAAGAUCCUGCGACAAGAAGAGUCCGUGACGGAGCAGAAGACGACGGUCAGCAUCCUGGACGACAUCGGCAGCAUGUUCGACGACCUGGCCGACCAGCUGGACGCCAUGCUGGAGUAACCAUAGCGACCAGCGUCUCCAUGGCGACGGGGCUCCAGGACUCUGAUGGCACAACAUCAUCUCCAUCUCUGCAUCCACCUUCCUGCUCGCCAUUCGUCCGACCAUCCGCCCUCUUCCUCUCAUCCUGGACGACGCGUGACCAGAGGAGGCGACAGAGAGACGCAGGAGAGAGACGGAGGUAACGGGGGACCACAAGGAAACCUGUCUUUCCCAAGAAAAAAUAGCAAUCGCGGGUCGAACUGUCUGCAGACCCUGGGAUCUCAAGUGUGUGAUGAGUCAUAGUGCGUGUACAUCCUCAGCAUGGAGAGUUUAUAUCUACUGACAGAGUCCUGCAUUAGCACAGUAAUCUAUCUAUAAUCGAUGAUCAAUAUCUUUGCUUUGAUGUCUUGGUUCUGUGUUGGAAUGGUGCCCUCUGGUGUUGUGACCAUGUAAAAGACUCGCCGGACGGACAUCUGUGACCAAAAAUGGGAGAACCCAGUGUGGAGCGGAGGUGUGUGCACGUGCGGGUCCCUCCUCCCCCACACGCAGAAGCACAACGACCCGACAAGUUUACACACACACACACACACACACACCGCCGCAGCAGCACACGACUCCAGCAGGUUGUCAUGGAAACACAAGGGUAAAAAAACAAACGUGCAACAUUGUAUUUCAAGUUAAAGAUCAGAUCUGUUGCCUAGCAACAAAGUUUUGAGUCGCAGAAUACCCAGAAUGCAUCAGAGACUUUCAAAAUCUGCAAGGGAGUUUAGCGAGCAUAAUCGUGGAGUCGCGGCAGCAAGAGCACAACAAAGAUCCACCGUCUAUUAUUGUCCAGGGUGUGGCGCCCAAGUGUAAUUGUGGCUAACUUGCGAGUCCUCGUCGUCGUACACACCUGUUAGCUGCUAGCUGGAUCCUUCCGGGGCUAGUUGAGCUGAGCCAGAGGUCACGGAUGCCAGUUGGCGCCUCAGAGCUGAGCCAGAAGGCCCGUCUUGUGUAGACCAGCCUGAAGCAAGUUUGGUUCGCAGGCAAUAAGUGGGACGACGCGACCCGAAAAGCGACAAACAUUGUUGCCACGACAAUCUGCAGCCUCGUCACCAUGGUUACGGCACAAAAACCUGCGCGACACAAACGACGUAGGGUAGUUCUCCCGCUCUUUUCGUAGGAAGCAAUCCCAUAAUGCACCUGCAUGUGUCCAGGUCCCGCCAGAGCGCCCGGAAGAGCUAUUGACACCAGAGAGAUUCUAUAUAUGAAUAGAUGUAUAAAUGGAUAUUUGCAACCACAACUAAGAGGCAGACGUGUAUUUAUGGCCCGUGGACUGUUUUUGGACGUGCGCUCGCUUCUCCGUGCUGCAGCGUCCCGGGCGGCCGGCUGUGUGCUCAACAUCGCCAGCGUGUUCCUGUGCUUUCUCUUCUUUUCUGACUUUUGUAUGAUUUCACACGCAGUCGUGGUUUUUCUUUCAAACAUGUGCCUUGCUUUGUGCUUCGUUUGGUUCCGGGUAUGAGAUGAGUGGAACGACGUGACGCGUCCUCGCCGAGCCGCCACAGCCCCCCCAACGCACACACACACACACACACACACACACACACACACUUGUGUCUGUAGCCUUGUGAGGACCUCCCAUUGCCAUCACCCUGAACCUAACCGACCAAAACACAUGGUAAAUCAUACAGUCCUCACAAGGAUGAAGAAUUGGUCCCCACAAAGUAGGAUAAACAGGCCCACACACUCAUGGAAACACUGUCCAUUCCUUUCAUCCCACUGCACCUCUCUGUGAUGCAUUUACUUGCAGGUGAAGCAGUAGGAAAUCUCACACUCAGUUUUGUUCUCUGACCUAAUUGGGGGGAUUCUACUAAUUUUAAUGCUGGAGGACUAGAGGUCACACAGUGGUCCAAAGGUCACACCUGCGACACCAGGAUUUAUUUAUCUAUUUAUUCUGAGGACAUGUUUUUGUUUUGUGACUUUAAGGAGGAACUUGAGCGAAAGGUCGCUGGUUCAAAUCCCAUGUAGAGAACCCUGCAAUGAGUUCGUCUUUCAUGGUUAUUUAAGAUAUGGAAAAUAAAAAAAAAAAAAAAAAAAAAAAAAA